AUGUCGGCCGCCCCCGCCUACAGCGAAGACAAGGGCGGCUCUGCCGGCCCCGGGGAGCCUGAGUACGGCCACGAUCCGGCGAGCGGCGGCAUCUUUUCCUCCGACUAUAAGCGACAUGAUGACCUGAAGGAGAUGCUGGACACCAACAAGGACUCGCUCAAGCUGGAGGCCAUGAAGAGGAUUGUGGCGAUGAUUGCCCGUGGAAAGAAUGCUUCCGACCUAUUUCCUGCCGUAGUGAAGAACGUGGCCUGUAAGAACAUAGAGGUGAAGAAGCUUGUCUACGUGUACCUGGUGCGCUAUGCGGAGGAGCAGCAAGACUUGGCCCUACUGUCCAUCUCCACCUUCCAGCGUGGACUAAAGGACCCCAAUCAACUGAUUCGGGCCAGUGCUCUCCGCGUCCUCUCUAGCAUCCGUGUGCCCAUCAUAGUGCCCAUCAUGAUGCUGGCCAUCAAGGAAGCUGCCUCAGACAUGUCACCCUAUGUGCGGAAAACAGCUGCCCAUGCAAUCCCUAAACUCUACAGUUUGGACUCAGACCAGAAGGACCAGCUGAUAGAAGUCAUUGAGAAACUUCUGGCUGACAAAACUACGUUGGUGGCGGGCAGCGUGGUGAUGGCCUUCGAGGAGGUGUGUCCGGAGCGCAUUGACCUUAUUCACAAGAACUACCGGAAACUCUGUAACCUGCUCAUCGACGUGGAGGAGUGGGGCCAGGUGGUCAUCAUCAGCAUGCUCACCCGCUAUGCGCGCACGCAGUUCCUAAGCCCCACGCAGAACGAAUCCUUGCUAGAGGAGAACCCUGAGAAAGCCUUCUAUGGCUCAGAGGAGGACGAGGCUAAGGCCCCAGGGCAGGAAGAGGCUGCCGCCACGGCGCUGCCCGCCCGAAAGCCCUACGUCAUGGACCCGGACCACCGGCUGCUGCUGCGCAACACCAAGCCUCUGCUGCAGAGCCGCAGCGCCGCCGUGGUCAUGGCCGUGGCGCAGCUCUACUUCCAUCUGGCGCCCAAGGCGGAGGUGGGCGUCAUCGCCAAGGCGCUCGUCCGCCUGCUGCGCAGCCACAGUGAGGUGCAAUACGUGGUGCUCCAGAAUGUGGCUACCAUGUCCAUCAAGCGCCGGGGUAUGUUUGAGCCCUACCUGAAGAGCUUCUACAUUAGGUCCACGGACCCCACCCAGAUCAAGAUCCUGAAGCUGGAAGUGCUGACCAAUCUGGCGAAUGAGACCAACAUCCCUACUGUCCUGAGGGAGUUCCAGACCUACAUCCGAAGCAUGGACAAAGACUUUGUGGCGGCCACAAUCCAGGCCAUUGGACGUUGUGCAACAAACAUAGGCCGAGUGCGCGACACCUGUCUCAAUGGGCUGGUACAGCUGCUGUCCAACCGGGAUGAGCUUGUGGUUGCCGAGUCAGUGGUCGUCAUCAAGAAGCUGCUGCAGAUGCAGCCAGCACAGCAUGGAGAGAUCAUCAAACACUUGGCAAAGCUCACAGACAACAUCCAGGUGCCCAUGGCCCGGGCCAGCAUCCUGUGGCUCAUCGGCGAGUACUGUGAGCAUGUGCCCAGAAUUGCACCUGAUGUGCUGAGAAAAAUGGCCAAGUCCUUCACAGCGGAGGAGGAUAUCGUCAAGCUGCAGGUCAUAAACUUGGCGGCCAAGCUCUAUCUGACCAAUUCUAAGCAGACCAAGCUGCUGACCCAGUACGUGCUGAGUCUGGCCAAGUAUGACCAGAACUAUGACAUCCGAGACCGAGCCCGCUUUACACGGCAGCUCAUUGUCCCUUCAGAGCAAGGAGGGGCCCUCAGCCGCCAUGCCAAGAAGCUCUUCUUAGCACCCAAACCAGCCCCAGUCUUGGAGUCUUCCUUUAAAGAUCGGGAUCACUUCCAGCUGGGUUCACUGUCUCAUCUGCUCAAUGCCAAGGCCACAGGCUACCAGGAGCUCCCAGACUGGCCAGAGGAAGCCCCGGACCCGUCUGUGCGCAACGUGGAGGAAGAAGACCUCUCACUUAUUGAGACCCACGUGGGCCUGUUGGGCGAAUACACUGAGGUUCCCGAGUGGACCAAAUGCUCAAAUCGAGAGAAGAGGAAGGAGAAGGAGAAGCCCUUCUACUCAGACUCUGAAGGCGAAUCAGGGCCCACUGAGUCAGCAGACAGUGAUCCCGAGUCCGAGAGCGAGUCGGGCAGUAAGAGCAGCGGUGAAAGCAGCUCUGAGGAGUCCAGCAGUGAGUCUGAUAACGAAGAUGAGGAUGAGGAGAAAGGGAGAAGCAGUGACAGUGAGCACAGUGAGGAGGAGGGUGAAAGGAAGAAGAUGAAAAAGAGGAAGAAAGUGCCAGAGGGACACAGGGAAGGCUCGUCCUCAGAGGAGGGCAGUGAUUCCAGCAGCAGCUCCUCAGGAUCUGAGGUGACAUCGGAGUCUGAGGAGGAACGGGUGGAAUCUACAUCCUGGAGGAAAAAGCCACCUCCAAGCAGCAAAAGUUCCCCUGCAGCCAAGGAGAUCUCUCUACUGGAUCUUGAGGACUUCACACCACCCAGUGUCCAGCCGGUGUCUCCCCCUACGAUUGUGUCCACCAGUCUGGUUACGGACCUGGAGGGCCUUACGCUCACAGAUGCCUCCCUGGUGCCCUCGCUCCUGAGUCCAGUGUCAGGUGUUGGGAAGCAGGAGUUGCUGCACCGUGUAGCUGGUGAGGGGCUAGCUGUGGACUAUGCCUUCAGCCGCCAGCCCUUUCCUGGGGACCCCCACAUGGUGUCUGUGCACAUCCACUUCUCCAACAGCUCUGAAAAUCCCAUCAAGGGCCUGCAUGUGGGUGCCCCCAAACUGCCUGCUGGCAUCAGCAUCCAGGAGUUUCCAGAAAUUGAGUCCCUGGCACCUGGAGAAUCCACCACUGCUGUAAUGGGUAUUAAUUUCUGUGACUCAACCCAAGCAGCCAACUUCCAGCUGUGCACCCAGACCCGACAGUUUUACGUCUCCAUUCAGCCCCCCGUGGGGGAGCUGAUGGCGCCUGUGUUCAUGAGUGAGAAUGAGUUCAAAAAGGAACAGGGAAAGCUAACAGGCAUGAAUGAGAUCACAGAGAAGCUCAUGCUCCCCAACACCUGCCGGAGUGACCACAUCGUGGUGCAGAAAGUGACCACCACCGCCAACCUGGGCCGUGUCCCUUGUGGGACAUCUGAUGAGUACAGGUUUGCAGGAAGGACUCUGACCAGCGGGAGCCUGGUCUUGCUGACCCUGGACGCCCGGCCAGCUGGAGUGGCACAACUGACUGUCAACAGUGAGAAGAUGGUGAUUGGUACCAUGCUGGUGAAGGAUGUGAUACAGGCUCUGACCCAAUGA